AUGCUCAGCAGGAGUCAUCGGACCGAGCCACUUCCCUUAUCAUCAUCUGAGAUGCGGGCAUUUGCGUCCGUGCCACCGGGGCAGCGCCUCACGACGGACGACAAUGAGCGGCUGUUCAGUCCCUUUACGGAGGCCGAGGUGCUUUAA